AUGGAUAACGAAAUGCACAUCAGUAAUUGGUUUAGUACUGAAGAGGGAAAGAGUGGAGAUGACAAGAACCAUAUGCCGAAAACUUUGACUGAACAGCUGGUUUUGGGGCUGGAGGACUUUUUCUCGCUCGAGGUAUGGCGUGCAUCAGUUGCAGAGCUCAUCGGCACGGCUGUCCUUGUAUUUGCCUUGGACACCAUAGUCAUCUGUUCCUUGGAAAUAAAUACCGAAACACCAAAUGUACUAAUGUCAAUAUUCAUUUUCAUCUCCGUCUCAAUUCUUAUUCUAGCCACCUUCCCUAUCUCAGGUGGCCAUCUUAACCCAGCCAUCACAUUUUCUGCCGCUUUACUCGGUGUCAUCUCAUUUGCUCGCGCCACCAUCCACAUCCUAGCUCAAUGUCUGGGAGGAGUGUUAGGGGCCCUUGCACUGCAGGCUGUAGUCAGUGACUCCAUAGUACAAGCUUACUCUUUAGGGGGUUGUACACUGACUGUCACUCGACCGGGUGCAAAUGGUCCAACGUCGGCAAGUAUCAGCUCUAGCCAAGCAUUCUGGCUUGAAAUCUUCUGUAUGUUAGUAGUCCUUUUUGCUUCUGUUUGGAUUGCAUUUGACGGUCGACAGGCCAAAGCCCUUGGGCCUGUUGGUGUUUCCUCUACUAUUGGACUUAUCGUCGGCCUGAUGGUGUUUGUAUCCACUACCGUUACUGGCACUGCAAAGAGCGGGUAUGCUGGUGCAGUAAUGAACCCUGCGAGGUGUCUAGGUCCUGCACUGGUUAGAGGUGGUCACCUAUGGGAUGGACAUCGGUUUUUUUGGUUGGGACCCACUAUUGCUUGCUUGGCAUUUUAUAUGUACAUGCAGAUCAUUCCACGUCAGCAUUUUCAGCCAUCAAACCAAGGUCGCGAUGAUUAGACACACACGAUGAACAGAACAGAUGAAGUUGCUGCAGACUGCGUCAU